UUUGAGGACAUCUCAUCCACAAAGAUCUGGACAGAGAAAUAAGGAGCCCCGACGUGCAGCUACUGACUAUACUCUGCCUGAUAGGAAAAAGCAUCACUGUGAUAUCAUCAUGUCAGACUAUGGAGAAAAUACCAGCUUGACCCCAGCAUAUGAUUAUUCAUCUUAUAAUGACCUGAUUGGUGACUUCGCUCCUUGUGAGUCCAAUGAUGUGAGAGCUUUUGGCAAGGUGUUUCUACCCGCCCUCUACUGUCUGGUUUUCAUCCUCGGCUUCAUAGGUAAUGGCCUAGUGGUGUGUGUCCUGGUGAGGCAGCGGAACCAAACCAACUUGACAGACAUCUGCCUUUUCAACCUGGCUCUCUCCGACCUCCUCUUCAUCACCACGCUGCCUUUCUACGCUCACUUCUCCAGGGUCAGCGCAUGGCCUUUCGGAGACUUUAUGUGCCGUUUUGCUGCCGCCUCCCACAACACCGGGUUCUUCAGCAGCAUCUUCUUCAUGGUUGUCAUGACGUUGGACCGCUACAUGGUCAUCAUGCACUCUUUCAAGGUGGCACGAUACCGCACUCUGAAAGCAGGCAUUGCUCUCACCGUGUUGGUCUGGAUGCUGAGCUUGAGCGUCUCUCUCCCGGCUUUCAUCUUCACAAAGGUGACAAACAAUUCUUCCGGCCCGAGUUGUCACCCUGACUCGGAAAACAAUGCCUGGAGGCUUUAUAACCUCUUCGCAGCAAAUAUACUGGGUCUCCUGAUUCCCUUGAUGGUGAUGAUAGCUUGCUACUCCUGCAUCUUGGUCAAACUAGUGAACAUGAGGAGUGCAAAGAAGCACCGUAUUGUCAAGCUCAUCUUGUCUAUAGUAGUUGCCUUUUUCUUAUUCUGGGCCCCAUAUAACAUUUGCCUUUUCUUGAACUUUCUGAAAGCUGAGGGUAAACUGAAAGGUAAUGAAUGCACCCUGGAAGCAAAUUUAGGGCUGGCGUUAACAGUGACUGAGGCCUUUGCUUUCAGUCACUGCUGCCUGAACCCCAUCAUAUACGCCUUUGUGGGACAAAGGUUUAGGAAACAAGUCUUGCAGCUGUUGAGGACCUGGGUGCCUGGGAUUCACUGCACCUACACUGAAGGUUGGUCAGAUAAUUCAUACAGGAAAAGCUCAGUUAUGUUCAGGUCCUCUGAUGUCACCCCCACUUUCAUCAAGUAGGAGGUGGAGGGCACAUGUAAUUUGUUUUAUGGACAUCAUCACCUCAUAGUUUGCCUUGUUAUUGCUGCCGGUCAUGUUACUCUUGUUCACGUAGCAUGGUUUGUUUUGCUUGUCAGUUCCAUUUGCCAUUUACAUGCGUGUAUUUUUCAUGCCUAGGCCAGGCAAACUGUGACGCUGACUCUGGAUCAGCGGGUCUAUUACAUGUUUUGGUGUGAGACCUGGCUGCCAGUUUCCACCUAUGAAAGUGUUACCAUCAGUAGUGUCUAAUCUUAAAGAGCCACCUGUACUGAACCUGUACAUAUUAUUAUCGGCCAGUAUGAUUUCAUUUGCACUUUGAAUUUGCAAUGGGAUGUUUUGCUUUGGCCAUGAUUCACCAUCUCCUACAUGAUGUCAGGUGCUUUUUUUUAUUUGCUCUGCAAUGCUCCUCCCUUUGCUGCUGACAUUGGAGGAAACUUAGCGGCAAUUCAAACAAUUUCUGCUCAUCACUGAAACUAAGAAUGACUUGUUUGCAACAGCAUGUAACCACAAAGUGUUUAAAACACUUGUUUUGUUAUGUUUUCCCGUCUUCACACAUUUGUUGAUGAGCCUGCAAGUUUGUGGAAAAAAACAUUUCUAUCAUUUACAUCGUGGAAUUGUUUUUUUCACUUUUCUUGUAGAAAAAAUGAUUCAUUCAAAAGACUGGUGAUGAAUCAAAGCAACCAAGGUCAAACAAACACAGUGUAGCACAUGUUGUAACUUACUAACCAGCGACCUGCCACUUUCAGUAUACUUUCGCAAUAUCGUUUUAUGCCUCACAUUUGUACAUAUGUACAGUACGCUGUAUAUUUGCAUUUUUCUACUGUUUUCAUACUGAGUACAUUAUUUUUUAUUGAUGGAUCACAUUAUGACUUGUUGUUUUAGUGGUUUAGUUUGCCAGUGGAGUUCAGAUAAAAUUUCAUCUCUUCUUGUUAUGAUGUUUCAACCCUAAUUCCAAAAAAGUUGGGAUGCUGUGAAAAACUUGAACAAAACAGAAUGUGACAACUUACAAAUCCUUUUAGAUGUACACUUAAUUGAUUGUUUGACCUCAUCAGCUUCGGUGAUUUUUGUAAAUAUCUGCUGAUUCUGAAUCUGAUGCAGCAACAUGUUUCAAAACAAGUCAGGACAGGAGCAACAACAGACUGGGAAAGUUGUG